AAGCAAUUGUGAUUUAAAGAGCCAACAAAGGAUAUGUCAGCGGAAAGGGACAGAAAGAGAUGACUGGUAAUUCUGUGUUGUGACUUUAGUUACCCUCCCGAUUUUCCUUAACCAAGAGUAAGGUCAGAUUUGCAGAGCUCCAUCAUCAUGAAUACAUCGAAUGAUAUGUCACCUGUAACAAGGUUAGAAAGCAUAGCGUCUCAGCUGGGAUGCAGCGUGCUGGAUGAGGACCUCGCUCUCUACUUAGACAAUGAAGAUGAAUUGAAGCACCUCAGACAAUGCUUUCAUAUUCCAAAGAUUAAGGAUUUGCCAACAACAGAUAAAUCUCUUGUUAAUGAAGAAGAGGAGUGUAUAUAUUUUUGUGGGAAUUCUCUUGGGCUUUUACCAAAAAAGGUUAAACCCUAUCUUGAUGAAGAGCUGGACAAGUGGGCAAAGAUGGGCGUUCAUGGUCAUUUCAUUGGAAAACGUCCAUGGGCCCUUGCUGAUGAAUGUAUUGUGGAUCCUAUGGCUAAGCUUGUUGGUGCCAAAGUCGGAGAGGUGGCGUUAAUGAAUGGACUAACCGUUAAUUUGCAUCUUCUGAUGCUAUCCUUUUACAAACCAACAAAAGCUCGCCAUAAGAUUCUCCUUGAAGCGAAAGCCUUUCCUUCGGACCAUUAUGCCGUGGAGUCCCAAAUUCAGUUACACGGGCUCGACGUGAAGACAAGUAUGCUCCUGGUCCAUCCCCGCAAGGGUGAAGACACUCUGAGGACGGAAGAUAUUCUGUCAGUGAUUGAACGAGAAGGAGACUCUAUAGCGGUCAUUUUAUUCAGCGGCGUUCAGUAUUACACCGGACAAUUGUUUGACAUGCCCAAAAUAACAGAAGCCGGGCACAGAAGGGGAUGCUAUGUCGGCUUAGAUUUGGCACAUGCCGUUGGAAAUGUUGACAUUUGCUUACACGACUGGGGCGUGGACUUUGCCUGCUGGUGUUCUUACAAGUACCUGAACUCCGGGGCUGGAGGACUAGCUGGAGCUUUCAUCCAUGAGAAGCAUUCCUGCACCAUCAAACCUUCGUUGGUCGGCUGGUGGGGUCACGAGUUCAAAUCCAGAUUCAGCAUGGAGAACGAAUUAAAACUGAGCCAAGGCGUUGACGGCUUCCGUCUGUCUAAUCCCCCCAUUUUAUUGGUGUGCUCCCUGCAUGCAAGUUUGGAGGUUUUCAAUCAAACCAGCAUGAAGGCCUUACGGAAAAAGUCAAUUUUACUGACUGGCUAUUUGGAGUACUUAAUUAAACAUUAUUACAGUGAAAACAUGGCUGAACCCAAGAAACCUUAUGCAAAAAUAAUCACGCCCUCUCACUUUGAAGACAGGGGAUGUCAGCUCUCCCUGGCUUUUUCUCUGCCUAUAAAAGCUGUUUACAAAGAACUCGAAAAGAGAGGAGUCACGUGUGAUUUGCGUGAGCCUAAUGGUCUACGGAUUGCACCAGUACCUCUCUACAAUACUUUCCAUGAUGUCUUCAAGUUCAUUAAAAUUUUGGGAGAAGCUUUGGCCUCUGUUAGAAACUCACCAGCUACAAAUGGGACAGAAGAGUAAAGAUGGAGGACGGGAGCUAAUCGCUGACUGUCCAUUGUUUUACAUACUCAUAGAUUGAUGGAUUAAAUGAAAUGAUUGAAAAUGUUAAAAGGAAUGAGUUGGUUAUUAUUGUAUAUGUAUUUCCUUAUAUAAUAAUAUAUAUAAUUUUUACACAAGCAUAAUGUUUUGGGGUUACUGUCACUAAAAAUAAAAAAUAUUUAUUUGCA